GUAAUUUUUUUCCAUUAAGAUAAAUCCAUUUAUCAGUUUGAAAUUGUCGAUUAGAUUGUCAUUUUAGUUGCUUUACUUCAUUACAUGAGAACUCUAGUCAAGUAUAUACAGUUAUAAAGCAAGAUGGAUUAUUCGAAAUUUUAUUCUAAGAUUACUCUUAGAAGAAGAGAAAAUCCAAUUCGACGAAUAACGGAAGCUUAUUUAACAAGUAACAAAUCGGAUGUAAUGAGUUUUGCUGGUGGAUUGCCAAAUACUGAUACUUAUCCUUUUGAAGGAAUUAACGUUUCGUGCAAAGAUAAAACCAAUUUGUAUCUUAAAGAUAAGGAUUUAGCAUUGGCCCUUCAAUAUGGACCUGCUAGCGGGUAUUUACCUUUAUUAAAAAAGUAUCGAGAAUUGCAAUGUAAAUGGCAUAAUCCUAAACGAACUGAUUGGAACGUAAUGUUUUUUGCUGGCUCCCAAGAUUGUUGUUCAAAAGUUUUUGAAAUGUUUCUUAACGAAGGUGAUCCAAUUAUGGUUCAGUCACCGACUUAUACAGCUACGAUCAAUUCAUUGGUGUCCUUGAAUCCCGAUUUUAUUGAGAUAAACCAGGAUAACGAUGGUAUCAUACCUGAACAAAUAAUAAAUGUUUGCGAGAAAAGAUUAAUCGAUGGGAAACCAUUACCGAAGUUAAUAUACGUCAAUCCUACUGGUGCAAAUCCAACGGGAACUGUAUUAACCGAGAAUCGUAGGAAACAAGUUUAUGAAUUAGCACAGAAAUACAAUUUCCUUAUUGUAGAAGAUGAAGCUUAUUGUUUCAUUCAUUUUAUGAAUAAACAACCUACGUCUUUCUUUUCAUUGGACACUGAAGGACGUGUAAUAAGGGCUGAUUCAUUUAGUAAAAUUAUUAGCGGUGGUAUGAGAUUAGGUUGCGUCUCAGCUAACAACGAACUUCUGUAUAAAUUGUCAAUGCAUGUAGAAAAUAGCAUUUUACAAGCCAAUUCAUUGUCACAGGUGAUCGUUUAUAAAUUAUUUGAUUCGUGGGAUGAAGAUCGAUUCAAUAAACAUUUCAAAAGUCUUCAAGAUUUUUAUCGAGAAAAACGUAAUAAAAUGUUAACAGGAAUUAAAAAGCAUCUUACAGGAUUGGCCGAGUGGACAGAACCUAAAGGUGGUUUUUUUAUAUGGAUCAAAUUAAUUGGAAUUAAUGAUACGUUUCAUUUUGUUCAGAACAAAUGUAUACCAAAUGGAUUAUUCGUUGUUUCUGGAAAUGCAUUUUAUUAUGAUACUAAAAAACCAACUCAAUACUUACGUUUAUCUUACAGUUAUGCGAAUGAUUAUGAGAUUGAUAAGGGAUUAUCAAUAAUGGCAAAAUUGAUACGAGAAGAAAAUCAAAUGAAAAUUUUGACACGUUAAAACAAUUUAUAGUUAUGAUUCUACUAUAUUCUUAUUU